CACACCGCCAGCUAUGCCUUUCCUGCGUCAUCAACUCGCGCCGGAGCGGUGGCGGAAGUGACGUCACGAGGCCGGUGCGCUGUCUGGAACGUGGCUAGUUCCUGUUGCAAUGGGUGCAGUGUGAUGGUGGUGUGGGCACUUCAAGCUCUCCUCUGCCGGUUACCCAGAGUGCUACAUCCUGCACAGCUUCACCUUGCAGCUUUGAGAAUGGGCAAGAACCAUGUGCCGGAAAGAUGGACUGAUUAUAUUCCAGUUGGCAAACGUAUCCCAGGAACGCGGUUUGUUGCUUUCAAAGUUCCUUUAAAAAAGCUCUAUGAGAACAAACUUUCAUCAAAGCAACAGUUUUCAACAUCAGACCUUGUUGAAGAAAUUAAAAGACAGAACGAGGAACUUGGACUAAUCGUGGAUUUGACGUGUACAACAAGGUACUACAGGCCAGAGGAGUUGCCUAAAUCACUCUGUUACACAAAACUGUUUACAGCUGGCCAUGAAGUACCAAGUGAUGAUGUUAUUUAUCAGUUCAAAUGUAUUGUGGAUAAGUUUCUUAGUGAGAACUCUGGAAAUGACAAACUUAUCGGUGUACAUUGCACACAUGGAUUGAAUCGGACUGGCUACUUGGUGUGUAGAUAUCUUAUUGAUGUGUUGGGAAUGGUGCCUGCUGAUGCAAUAGAAAAAUUUAACCUAAGCCGCGGUCAUUGCAUGGAACGCAAAAAUUACCUUGACGACCUGAUGUAUGGGAAAAUGAGAAGUAACAAGAGAUUAAGUAGAGGAAGCAUGCCUAUAGCCAGACACCAGAAUCCCUUACCAAAGAAUUAUGGAGCGGUUCCUGCAUGCACUCUUCCUCCACGAGGUCAUUUUAGACAUACCAGUAGCAAGAAAUUAAGUAGAGGAAGCAUGCCUGUAGCCAGACACCAGAAUCCCUUACCAAAGCAAAACGCAGCGUAUCCUGCAUGCACUCUUCCUCCACGAGGUCAUGUUAGACAUACCAGAGUGACACCUGUACCUCCAUACCCACCGAUGCAGGCUAUGCAAACACCACAGUUUCCACAUGUGGUAGAUAAUCCUUACAUGCAAUCCAGAGGAGGUGGCAGACACAGAUACCCAUAUGGAAGACCCGGCUCACAUAAUUUUGGCAAAAGGAAACCUACCAAUACUGCCUCUGGGCCUGCUCAGAAUCAGUCAGGACGCGGACAUCCUUACAGACAGCACCAAGCACCUAACUGGCAUAGACCUGUAAAUUACUGACCAUAACAGUUGACGUGUGAAGAAUCCGUUGCUUCUUUUAAUUAAAUGCAACUUACUUUUACUUACAAACUUAUUACACUUUUAGAAGAAGAAAAAAAUACUGUGGAGAACUGACUGGAAAGACUUUAUAACUAAUGGGAGUUUGGCUUACAUGCUGUGUGCCAAACAGCCUAGCAAAUCCAGUUGCUGCACAUGUAAAGUUACAUCUCGGGGGACCUGUCCACAUAAGUGAGCUUAUUGCCCGCAUAUGAACAGUGACAUAAGAAAACAUUUUUUUGUUUGUUUAUUUUCCCCUUUACAUUUAGUUCAAAUUCAUGUUAAAUGCUGCAUAUAAAAGUUGGCGAUUUUUACUUGUCACCAAGUAAUGCCUUGUUAGUUCCUUCCUAUAUCAGCUAUUCACAGAUGAUUUUCUCUGGAACAUGGCACUGCCAAAGUAAGAGUCCACUCAAGUUGCAUUUGGGAUCAGAUUAAAUCAUACUAAAGGUU